AUACGUGACGUAAACUAUAGAUUUUCAGUACUGGCAAUUAAUAUCGGAACGCAGCCGAGAUUGAUGGCGGAAAUUGAACAGACGCUGCUGACAUAACUUGCCAACAGAGUGACAGCAGAAAUAAAGCAAACUCUGUUGUUCGGUAGUUAUUUAACUGACAUAAUGAUGAUUUUACUUGUCACUUAAAAAUUACCUGGGCAAAAAUAAUACAAAAGUGACUUGAAGAUGUAAAGAAAUUUAUUUCAAACUUUUCAAGAUAUUUGCAUGAAUUUUCGAAACAUUCGUGCCUUUUGAAUAUAUUUGUUAGAUUAUAUGAGUAAAUAAUAAAACGAACAAGUAAUUGUGUACAAAAAAAGAUAAUUUCAUCAUGACUGAUUUUGAAAUUUCAUACGCAAAUUCCUCAUACAUUUAACAGAGUGCGCUGAAGUCGUUUUCUGUAAUCGCCGCACGUUUGUGACCCCAUGUUUCCAUCCCCAUCCAUUAUACAACUCCAGACCCCGGACCCCCCAGACGUUCCAUGCCGUUUUCCUAUAUGAGGUUAUAAAGGCUAAUUAAAACUUAAACUUAAAAAUACGAAAUAUCACGAAGCAAUCAAUGGUGCUGGUUUAAAGGUAUUUUCUGAAUAACAAUUCGACAGGCGGAGAAGAAAAUGUCGCGUUGGUUCCAUACAAUUAAUCAGUGGAAAAUCUAAUGACGCAAAUUCUUCAGAACGAGUAAUUGUAAUUGCAUUGUAGAACAAGGGUUCACGAUGACGUUAAAAUGAUGCUGCAGUUACAACGAUAUAACUUUUAAGUGAUGAAUAAAGCCAUGAUGAUUUCAGAAAUCGCAAUAAUGACCAAGCAAUCAUAUUUAAUAUCAAACACUGUGUGAUAUAAAACGACUAAAAUGGUAAUUGAGGAAUGGAUGUGGAAACAUUAUACAAAAGAAAAUUCUGACACACUAAAGUGCAAUCGUUGCGAAGAAGUAUUUUCUAAUCAUGAUAGACUGCAAAUCUUAAAAUAUCACUUAUACGAUGAACAUGAAAUAACAGAAUUAGACGAACAUCCAAGGCGUUACAGCAUAAAGGAAAAUUACAAAAUAACAUGUCUAACGGCAACAUGCAAGCAUUGCAUGAAAAGAAUUAAUCUGGCAAUGUAUGGCGUGCAUAUUUUAAUAAUUCAUUUAAAAGUUAUUCACCCGGAUAAAUAUAAUUUAAAGAAAGGAAAAAGAAGAUCACGCUUAUGGGACAAGUACGAUGAAAGAGGCAACUAUGCAACGUGCAAAGGAUGUAACAGAACCAUAACAAUAAAGGGUAAAUGUCCUACAACAAAUUUAAAGCAGCACUUAUUACAUUGCCGCCACUUCAAUAAUGAUAAAUACCAGUUCAAGAAGAUACGAAGAAUAUCACGCGUAUGGGAUGAGUAUGAUGUAACGGACAAGAACGCAACGUGCAAAGAAUGUAAAAAAAUAGUUAAUAUAAAUGUUAAACAUCCAACAAUUAAAUUAGGCCAACACUUAUUCAAUUGUCGCAAUUGUAAAAUUGAUAACCCGGAUAAAGCUAAAUUAGAGACGAUGCCAAAAAUAUCAAGCGUAUGGGAUAAGUAUGAUGUAACGGACAACAAUGCCACGUGCAAAGCGUGUAAAACAACAAUAACGAUAUAUGAUAGAGCUUCAACAUCAGAUGUAACCAGACACUUACUUCAUUGUCCCCGCUUAAAAAUAAAAGAUUCGAGUAAAUCUAAAUUAGAGCGAAGAAUAUCACGCGUAUGGGAAAAGUACGAUGUAACGGACAACAAUGCCAUAUGCAAAGGAUGUAAAAAAACAUUAAAAAUAAAUGGUAGAUAUCCAACGUCGUGUUUAAGACAACACUUAAUUUACUGUCGAGCUGAGCAGACUACUUCAAGAUCAUUGAACGAUAAUCCCGAUUUCCAUGGCAAUGGGCCUCAAGAAGAAAGUGCAGUACGAACAAACACCCGGAAGCUAUUUAAACGAAAGAAAGAAGAAACAGAGACAAGUGAAGAGUCCUAUUCAAGUUCAGAAUUUGAGAAAGAUCGGGAUGAGGUUUCAGUGAAAUGGAAGACAGAAGCGAAAGUAUACAAUUUGAGGAAAAGAAGAACAUACUUUGUUGAUGAAGAUACGUCGAGUGCUUCAUCAGGAGACGAAGAUCUUAAUGAUACUGUGCAAUUUCAAAGUGAAAUACAAACAUCCAAUGAGACAAAUCUAUUAGAAGAAAUAGAAAGGAAGGACUUUGAUUUCGAGUGAUUCUAUUUUUCAUUUGCAUUAUACAACGUAUAUAAAGAAAUGUUAAAAUUGAAUGUUAGCAAUAACAUUUUAAUCUAUCGACGUAAAAUGCAUUAUGCAAAAAAUGUUGACGACAAGUGUAGAUACUACUGCUGAAGAUUUAUUCAUGAGCAAACAUUUUUGUUUAUUUGCUACCAAAACUAUAUCCAAGUCCGCGUUCUUUUUAUUAUACUACAUUUAUGU